CUGUUCGUACUUUAUCUGAGCUGGUUGUUAUCUCUCGGAAAACAUUUUUCCAGUACGUCCGCGCUUUUUACUCCUUUUGAACAGCAACAUGAAAAAAAGACUUGAGGAACCUGGAUUGGUAUGAAGACAAAGAAUACAGCUGCAGCUUUUAGUGUACACUGGCCGGUUUCAGUCUUGAUGUAAAUUCACAGGCUUUCAACUUGUAUGGACCUUGACAAGCAAAUGGAUACGUAAGGGAGCGAUGCAAUGCGGCUGUCCAUUCGACGGGGAACCAUGCUGCUGCUGUGUGUGUUUGGACUGUACAUUGCUGGAAAGGCACUGUACAAGGUGUUCAUGUGUCAGAGCAGGUUGGCCCGUAGCCGCAAGGUGUCCGUCCUGGUUAAGGGCAGCAACCAGACUCGGUUCCGUUAUAGCCAUCUAUCACCCAUGGUGUUUGUGGGUGGGGUUCCCCGCUCCGGGACCACUCUGAUGCGGGCCAUGCUGGAUGCCCACCCGCUCAUCCGCUGUGGGGAGGAGACUCGGGUCAUCCCCAGGCUUCUAGGACUGCGUCAGGGCUGGAAGAGGCAUGGGGAGGAGCGCCAGAUCCUGGAGGAUGAGGGAGUCACUCAGGAGACACUGGAUGCUGCCACCAUAGCCUUCCUGCUGGAGAUAAUCGCUCGCCAUGGAGAACCAGCACCAAUGCUCUGCAAUAAAGAUCCAUUCACACUUAAGAGCUCCAUCUACCUCUCUGAUAUCUUUCCCAACUCAAAAUUUAUUCUCAUGCUGAGAGAUGGACGGGCUUCAGUGCACUCCAUGAUCUCCAGACGGGUGACCAUUGGUGGCUUCGACAUCUCCAGCUACAGGGACUGCCUUACCAAGUGGAGCCAUGCAAUAGAGGCCAUGCUAUUUCAGUGCACACUGGUAGGGCCUAAUCGCUGCCUGACCAUUCGCUAUGAAAGUCUGGUACUGCAGCCAAGGACCACAAUGGUGAAAGUGCUGCGGUUCCUGGGUGUGCCAUGGCAUGAAGGAGUGCUUCACCAUGAAUUAGCCAUUGGGCAGCCUGGAGGAGUUUCCCUAUCUCGAACUGAGCGUUCCACUGAUCAGGUCAUCAAACCGGUCAACCUGGAGGCAUUAACUCGCUGGGUAGGCCAUAUUCCAGCAGAUGUCCUAGAAGAUAUGGAGAACAUUGCUCCGAUGCUAAGCAGGCUGGGCUACGACCCUGGUGCCAACCCCCCAGAUUACGGCCAACCAGAUCCUGAAGUGAUCAAUAAUACAGAAAAGGUACUGAGGGGAGAGUUCAAACUUCCAGCAAAUCUGAAAAGACCAUCACAUGAGAGCAUGUCAAAAGCAUCACGCCCGAGAGGAUGAAAAUGGCAGAGUUACAAAUGCAUCCAGCUCACAUGCAAUAUGCAUGCAGGUUCGACUGGAGGUUUAAACUUCUUGCAUGGUGGAUGUGAUCUAUUAACGUCACUCCCUAGACACGCCUGUUUUAAGAAUGACUGUGGCAGGCUAAGGAACUUAGGAUGCAAAAGUUUAAAUACCCAAGGAUAUAAAGAGGCAAGAGGAGUUGGAAAAAUAUGACUUCAGGUGGGCUCAGAUCAUCUGGCCUAUGGCAAACAUGGUUUUGUACAACAGAAUAAACCAUCACCAACAAUAAAGAAUAAAAGGACAAAUAAAAGGGACAAAUAAAUUGACAAACAACAUAUGCUGUGUAUGUAUGCUCUGAGGAUUACAAAAAGGUUAAAAAACAAACAAACAAAAAGAACUGAAGCCAAAUUGGGUAUACAAGUGUUGCUCAUCAUUGAUGCUUACAUUCAAUUAAAUUAUUCUUUAUUUAUGCUGUAUGCUGCAAAAAGUAGUAAGUUACAAAUGGUGUAAUUGUGCCACACAGCAAUGAUUUAUGCAUCUUUUAAUGAAUAAAUAGUUUCUAAAUAUAUAGGCUUUUGAAUAAUUUUCCGUGGGGAAGUAUUAACAUGACAAUGAUAGUUAAAUUUAACAUGUACAUGCAUAAACAUGCCUGAUAAACGUGUCACCUCACCCAACAGAGUGAUUAUCAAGAGGCUGCUCAGACUAUAGUUGACUUUGCCCAGUGUAUUUUUGUAGUGGGAAUACAUAGGUUUGCAUCAUGCAUUUGUGUCAAAGAGUUGCUGGUUAACGUCUUCUGAUGUGGUUUGCUGCAGUGAAGUGCACUUUGUGUGGAGAGUGUUGUGCAUUCUAUCUGUGUGAUAGAAUGGCAGCAGAAAGGUGACAUUUAAUGUAUGUGGUAGUAGCAGGUGUGAGUAGUGUUGGGCCAACAGGAAAACAACAGGAAACCCAUGCAUAUGUGAAAAUACUACAACAGGAACUCAUCUGUCAAGGUAGCAAUUACCUGCAGUGUUAUGGGAAAAGGUUGUGUUAUUUUACCUUUUUGCAACCAAACAUAACUUACUGUACUUUGUUUAAAUACAAAUCAAAUUACAAUACAAAUUACUUUCAGUGGGUGCUCAUGAUCUCAGGCAUAACUAAAAAGACCAUUAGCUAAACAUCAGCUAAACACCUCUUCAGUAACCAGUCAUUUUACUAAAAUCAAAAACCUUUCAGCCUGUUGGCAAAGCUACAGCAUGAUCAGUGAUGAAAAUGGCAUCUAAU